UCUGCAUACUCAACCUUCCCACUCACGCUCUCGGCGCUCGACCAUUGGCCAUAGGCUCACCGCUUUCGACACGGCCAGCUACCCUGACUUCGGUCUGAGGGCACUCCGACGAGUCCAUACACCACACGACCUUCGCUUUGGGACCCCGUCUCUGCUCCAUCGCACUCUUUGACGGCCACUUUCUCUCGAUGUUGAACGCACCCGCUCACAGAUUCUCCGAGCAUACGAGCGCCAGUGCCGAUGCUGCUUCAUCACGUACCUACCUGGCUUACGAUCGAACCUCAGGCCACCAGCGCCCUCCCUGGGCCGUGAUUGGUCCGAAAUCAAGUCGGGCCACUCUACAGAAACCAUUCAAGUCCGACGUCCGAAGUGCAGACCUCCCAUCCACUGGACAUCGUACCGCCCUUCUAGCCGAUCAGCCCAAACAAGGGUCAGCAAGAGUCUCUCUCAAUAUUCGCGCUGAACAGACCUAUCAAGAGAAGGGGUUCAAUAUCGACGCCUUCACUCAGGAUAUGUGGUCCCGUUCUACACGUGAUGCUCAAUUCUGGACGCCAGAAGCAGGCCCAUGGUCGCUUCUCUGUGAGAAAACCCCCAUCCCAAACGGCUCGAUCUUCACCACAUCGACGCCUCUUAGACUUGAUAUGUAUCCAUCUUGGGACCCGGACUCCGAAGCAGCAUCCGUUGCUACCGAAAUGGCUCUGCAGGUCCUCCAGUCUGACGACUUCAAUGAUGCCUGUUCUUCGCCGCAACUGGAAGAGGGAAGCGACGACUCCGCCCCCAUGUCUCUCACAACGCCAUUGUCGGCUGAUUCAUACGAUGUCUGGGGCUACAACACACCAUCUCUGCCAUCCCCUAGGUCAGCCAGCUUCCUGGCUUCUUUCCAUGAGUUGCGUGUCUCCGCUAGUGACGCCUCGACGGCAUGCCAAGGAGGUGAUGUCCAGAAUCAGGACAAGGAAUCAGAAUCUGACUCUCCAAAGAAGAGAGGCAAGGCGAGGAUGAGCCAAGAGAAGCGUCGUCGCUUGGCAAGACGCAAGGAAAGAGAAGCAAUGGCGGCCGCCCAGCAAGAGUUCCAUCACCUCGCGGACCCUUCACAAUCGUGGUCACCUUCACGAAGCUUACCUGGCGACACUCCACGAAUCAGACUUAGCUCCUCUCUUCCUAGGGCCACAAACUGGCAAGCAACUCACAGGAGAGAGGCAAUGCCUGCUCCUCGCUCGACGGCUACUGGCCGUGGCGAUAGCGCCGGAGACAGUUCGAGCUCGAGUUCAUACGGAGAUCGUGCCGACAGCGAUGGUGGGCCCACUGUCUACAGCAAUGGCGUGCAGAGGGCAGGCAGUACAAGCUCUGCCUCCACCGGACCUCCUCAUACCCCGAUCACAGACACCAGCUCGGGCAUGCGUCUUUACUCUCCUCGGUCGGCGCCGCUCUCUUGUGGCGCACCUGGACAUGUUGUGCCGCUGGCUGCGCCACAAGAAGCCCUCAACAAGGUCGAGACUUUGAGAGCCCUAGAACACUUGACCACACAAAUGCUGGCCGCCAAGAAGAGCAACACGUCCCCAAUAGUUCCUGCACUCCAGGAGACGACGAGGAAUACUUGGCGUCCCGCCUAUUCUUUCAAUACCGCCCAACCUCCGUCGAAUACACAAGUGACGUUGCCCGGGCGACUGCCACAGCAUCAGACGGGUUUCGAAGCAGCAAGUUCGCAAGGCCGUCAUGGGUCUUCCUACCUUUCCUCUUCGCAUCAUGGCAGACCAUCGCCUCCACCCACGCCCGCCUCACGAUUGCCAAUUCCUGUUCCGAUGUCCUACGAGCAGACUGCCAAACUCUCUCACUUUGACGGCCGUCAGGAGUAUGGUAGAAGCGGCAACGAUUUCCCUUUCACUCAGCAAGGAGCGCGAGAAUCCGCUUUCGGUGUACCUGCCCAUCUACCACACUCUGGCCACAAUGCUGUGCGGGCCCAGCCGGGAGACCAUCGACAAAGGCGCUCUAAGACUUUUGAUCAGCGACAGCAAUAUGGCCCUUCUCCAUCGUACCAGACUUCAACAGAGAGCCAGUAUGGUCAUUGGCAAGCUCAGCAAUGGCCGAUGUGAGCCUCGCUCCGGUGUUGCAAAUUGCCGCUACUGUGAUGCAUCUGUAGAGAUCACAAG